GCACCACGCCAAAAUGGCGGAGGCUUCAGAACCGGGUUCUAUUGAUUUGGCCUCAUUGUUGAGAGCAAAUAAAGUCGAGGCGCUUCAUACUACUGCCCUCUGUGGUCUUGUUAGAUUUCUUGUAUGGACUAGACUUUCUGAAGAAGGUUCCUCCUGGAUUAUUAAGUAAGUCUUUCUUUUUUCCAAUAUUCUUGCCAUACUUCUUAUAUAAAUAUCUGUUGUUGGGACGUCCCAUUUUAAAAUUAAUCCGACCCCUCUCUAAGGAUGAGCAGAUUCCUACCCAUCGAGUGCGGGCAAAUAGCCUAUUCCUUCAAGUCAAUCGUGGAAAAAUAUCCGAUUCCUAUCAGUCGAGCGUGGGAAAACAAGUCCAAAUACCUCGCCGCACUUUUAAUUCUGAACGCUUAAAGAACGACAGGGUGUGGAUGGCUGAACACAUGCAGUUCAAACGUUUGUGGAUUGUUACAGAUUCUUAGCGGAUGUGAAGCUCAAAUUUUGCACGCACAAAAUAUAUUUCUAGGACACAACAUUUAUGAGGUUAAAUGUGAGAUUUUGAUCGUUUACAUGGCAACAUGGCUGAUUAAAAACAAUUAUAAUAUUUUGAAUUUAUGAGGUUUGCACAAAAUGAAGGCAAAAGAUUUACUUAAGAAAUUGCAAGCAGCUUACAAAUUGAUAACCUUCAUUUUUAAAAAAUCAACUUACUGGCUCAGUUAAUUCCAAGCAUGCCCCACUCCUGGGAAUUAGUCAGGCAUUGGUCAUUUUCUUUCAAAAGGUGUGCAAGCAAGUGGGGGUGGGGUUGAUGGUAUGCUUGGAAUUGACUCAGCCAUAACCAAAUUAUAACAAACAGUUUUUAAAAUUUAAAGAAAAUUGCUUUCAUGAGAACCUUAAUAAUAUUGUUGAAACUUGAAACUUGUGAACUAGGGUGAGGUUUUUCUUUGGGUACUCCAGUUUACCCCUCUCCUAAAAAACCAAAACUUCCAAAUUCCAAUUUGAUCUGGAAAGCACGGACACAUUUCAACAAUUUUUUAAGAACUCCUAAGUGCUUCAGUGAUAAACAAAUUUUAAAAAAAUCUACUAAACUGUCCCAUGCACAUUUUCUUUUUUCUUUCUUUAUAAGUCAAUAAUUUUUACAGAUUUGGAUUUUUGAAUCUUAGAUUUCUUGGUGUUAUUUUAUUUUCCUCUUUCGAUUUUAUUUAUUUUUUUUUUUAGCUAUUUAUGAGAUAAUUACAGGACCCUUUUGAUAACAGUUCUUUUUAUUAGGAUUGAUAGGUCAUCCUGUAUAAUUAUUCGCAUUAUUAUUAUUAUAAUCAUAACUAUAACAAAAUUGUCAAAUCGGAUUGGCUAUCAACUGCCCUGAUUUCAGCCUUUAGCUUAAUUGGACAGUUUAAUAGCACAGUACGCGUCAUGCCUAAGUAAUUGGACAGUACGCGCCAUCACGCACGUGCUUAAAUGGCUUUUUUUUCAUUGCUAGCAAAACAAAAUUUCGGAGUUUCUUGUGUUUUGAUUUAAAAAAUAGCCUAUUAUAUCACAAAUUUUGUUAAAGUUAUGAUUAAUUGGUAACAGAACUUCGUGUCGUCCAAUUCAGGUCUGUAAUCAUACUCGUGAUUAAACAAAUCGGACUCCCGCUACGCAGUCGUCCGAUAUUGUUAAUCACUCGUAUGAUUACAGACCAAAUUGGACUCCACUCAGUCCUGUUACCAUUACUUAUUAUUAUUAUUUUGCUGGUACCUGCUUCUUUCUCAUCCCUUUGGAGUACUCUGCUUCAUGAAGCAGCAAUACAUAAUUUUACAGCUAUGCCCUCACCUUGUGGCUAAAAUGAGGUAUUAGUGCUUAUUUAAGUUUUAUUUUACCUGUCAAGCACAAGAAAAUUACCAGUUAUCUCAGUUUUUAACUGAUUUCUAAUUCUGGGUAAAAAUAUCCAAGAUGGCUGCCAAGAAAGUGGCCAUGUUUGUAUACCUGCCAACUCUCCUGGUCUUCCCGGGAGUCUCCAAAUUUUUCAUCAAAUCUCCCCGUCUCCCGGUUAGAGCAGCAAAUCUCCUGUUGCCUUUUUCAAAAUUUUUUUUUAUUAAUUUCGUUAUUUCUGAAAUAUCAAAAAGGAAAAUAAAACAAGAACUGGAUUUAGUGCUCUUGUUUGAGCUGUUCUCGAUCGAAAAACAUAAAACAGAGCAAUCAAAUUGUAGUUGGUUAGAAAUCAACCAAUCACAUUGCACAAUAAAUGGUAGAAAGUUGGCGUGGUUUUCACACGCUGUUAUCGACAUCGGGAACAUUCGGAAGGCCUUGGGGUGAUUUUCAGAGAGUAUUCGGACAUUGUCAAAAAUGAUAUUCUUACAAUGCAAAGAUUUCAAGACGUCUCCAGAUUUUUGUACUCGGGGGGUUGGCAGGUACAUGUUUGGUGAUGUCACAGGCUCCCAGCAGUGCCACCACCCAUAAUUAAAAUAUAUCUGAUCUUGCUGAGAAGAUAUUCGCUUUCCAGUGCAGGUAAAAUAUUUUCCAAAUACUGCCACAGAUCAAAAACUCAAGGGAAGGGUUCCUUGGACAACAGUGGGGGAUGAUGUGGCAUUUAAUAUGUUGGAGAGUUAACAUGUAAAAGAAGAUGUUUAUAAAUACCUUAAACCUUUACAUGGGAAAAAAACAUUGUAAUGUGCUUUUGUUUUGCUUUGACUUUUAGUGCAUCUGAUGGAGUUGAUGUGUGGCAGUUACAACUGGACAAAGUACAACUCGAUUCCCAUGUAAGAUAACUCUGAAUAAUAAAACUGGUUUUGUACAUACAGUCAAACUUUUAUAUGGCCCUGUCCCAUAAUAAAGUGACCAGCUAUUUUAAAACACUAAAUUUUUAAGGCAAAGCCUUUUGGUUAGAAUCACUUGUAUGAUGUCUACCUUUCUUAAGCAACCACAAGCAGUUUUUGUGGUGUCUUUCAAAUUGCCUUAAAAGCUAGUAAAACUUAGUAACAUAACCCUAAAACGAAUAAGAUCACUUAUUUUGGUUGUGGGCACUUUUUUGAGUUUGAGUGGAAGGGGGAGGGGGUGGGCGCUUAUUACUUUUUUCUACUUUUAGGAUGGGCACUAAUGCAAGGUAGGCGCUAAUUCGAGAUUGGGUGCUCGUUUGAAUAAAUACAGUGUGUGUUUGUAUCAAAUACAUAUCUUGCAGAAAGAACUGGCUGCAGUUGAUGGAUAUGACACUUACUUUACAAGAUUUAGGUGAGCGUGACAGAGAACCAUACAACCUAAACAUUCUGUCCAAAAACAUCAAAUUAAAAUUUUUUGUAUUUUGAAUUUUCCUUAUUCUGUUCCCAAGUGCUUCUAAAUAUGCUAUUCAUCACUUAAAGGGUUUGGUUCAAAUUUCAUUGCCUUAUUACUAACACAUAAUUUUCAGAAAGUGAAAAAGAAAAAAAUUAUAUGACAUGUAUUAAUCCUUUAUGGUUCCAAGAACACAAUUUAUUAUAUAAACGCCAAUGAAAUACCAGGUGGGCUUUUGCGCAAAAACUUGAUAUCUUCACAUGUGAAAAUAACGUGUUAUCUUUAAAUGUGAAAAUAUCACUAUUGCUAUGGCUACAUAAUAAAUCGCGCCUUUCACACCAAAAAACUGUUAAAGUGAAAUGGUUUGGUAUUUAAUUGGUGUUUAUAUAAUAAAUAGAACAUUACAUGGCUGCUUGAAGAUACGAAAUUUCUCUUCUUGUGUUGAGAAAAUAUUUCACGAGUGAACGCAGCGUACGAGUGAAAUAUUUUUCAACACGAGAAGAGAAAUUUCGGAUCUCCAAGCAACCAUUAUAUAUCCUUUCCUCUUUGAAGACUAUCAAUGGCAUUUUUCUUUAAUUAGCGUUUAUGAUUAAUGUUGAUAGCAAAUAAAAAAUGUUUAUGGCUUGUUUGUCCCAAAUUUCCUAGUGGAAGGACUUUCAUUGGGGAUUAUGAGUAUUGGAAGUCACUCCAAAGCUGCAGCAGUAAACAUUAUGAUCAAUUUUUAUUAUUUAGGUUUUGUAAUUUCUAGCUGUUUUGUUGGUGGACAUCUUGAAACAAGGGAAACAGUUGUCUGCACAAACAUUUGGUGGCUGCGGCAAAUCGCUGUAGGCUAAAAUAAUGUAAUCAAAUGCAAAUGCUAAACAUUUUCUUUGUAUUGAGCUGGCUAUAUCUAUUGAUAUCUAUCAACUUAGAAACAAAUCCAAUUAAUAACUCCAAAAUUUUUUGGAGCCUGACUUUUCGAGAAAACGUCAUCAGUUGCCAACACAUGAGAGCGUGAGAUAGUCGUGAAAUCGUGAGACUCACGACCUGGCAAGUCUGAAACUAGGGCUAGCAGACAAGGUCAGACAAGGGAAAUUAAGAAUCAACCUAGGUAAAAAAAUUUUAACUUGAAUGUAAUUUUGACCCCUACUAUAUUGAUACAUGACCUUCUUACACAUUUACAUGCAACAAAUUAUCAUAGCCAAGGGAAGGUGAGGAUAUACACCAGACCAUACCACUGAAUUUAAUACUCAACAGGUCAGAAUUUGAAAGUGGCAGCAUAUCUGUAGCACAGAUAGCAAAUAAAAUUGCCAUGACAGUUGGUACAGGAAUUCCAUCUCUGUGUUAUGACCUCUACGAAGCUAAAGCAAGUGAAGGAAGAAAAGAACUGCUGACAAUUCUUUUCAGACUGGCAGACAGAGUAUCACAACUUACUGAACAGUUGAAAGGUAGUUAUAUCAAUGUGGUGAAAAUGUUGUAGGUAUAGUAAAAAUUAAUGAAUAAUAAUGACAUUAAAAGGCAAAAAACCGUAGGAAAUUCUGAAUCAAAGCAGGUUGAAUACUCAGGUGUUUUUAAAACAAGUAACGAACUCAAAAUUCAAGCAAUCUGCAGUUCAAUUUUUCUUCUACAUAGGAACAUUAACGACCAUUUUCCUUUUAAUGUGUUAACUACACACAACAACCUACAGUGGCCUCAAGAAUUUUGCACAAGGCAGCAUUGGUAGUGGGGCUCCUCAUUAGAGAUUAAAAAGUAAUAAUAUUAUUAUCCUUUGUCCACCAUUAUGAAAGUGGUUUUAUUCUUCUACAGCAUCAGCAGAUUCACUGGAGAGACCAAAAAACCAGAAACUGGUGGCAGACCGAGUAUCACAACUCACUAAACAGUUGAAAGGUAUUUCUAACAAUAUGGUGGAAUUGUUGUGGGUACUAAAAAUUAAUGAAUAAUAUUAAGGCUAGAAGACAUACGAAAUUCUGAAGUGGCAGGUUGAAUACUCAGGUGUUAACUUAGAAGCAGUUUUUACCUACGACAUAUAACUCCAUGUUCUUGAACUUUACAUUAUUUCACACAAUAGUCAUGCAUAUGUAAAUUAAUGUCGGUGCAUUUUAUUACAGUCAACUUGACUCUCUUAACCAACAUGAAGACGGACACCUCUGUAAAAGAGACAGCCAGAGUUGGUCCCGACCUUUCUUUACUUCCUGUUCUUUAUUCUCUAUAAGAUGGACACUUAUAAUUAGCAGGGUUGUCACUAAGGUUUCAAGUUGCCAGGUAAAUACAACAAGUAGGCGGGAAAUCAAACAGCUAGGGGUUUCUUUUGGUUCUAUUUUUCUUCUGUUUUCCUUUGAAAUAUGGUUGCUGGGGGCCACAUUCAUUGGAGCUAGGGGUAAUCCCCACCCCCCACCUCUUAGUGACAACCUGGCACUUAGUACUGGUCCCAAAGGUGUCCUUCUUAGAAAGACUUAAUUAACUGUAUCAAUUCUGUUUUUAGCAGCUUACAUAUGGUCAUUUUCUAGCUUUCUCUAUUAAAUAUAGAGUGCAUCAUUAUUUUGAAACAAGUAAUUAACACAAAAUUCAAGCAAUCAACUUUAAGUUUUCUUCUACAUACGAACAUAUGACCAUUUUCCUUUUAAUGUGUCAACUACAUGUAACAGCCUUCAGUUGCCUCAAGAAUUUUGCACAAUCUAACAUUGGUAGUGGGACUCCACAUUAGAAUUGAAUAAAAAAAAUAUUAUUAUUUGUCCACUAUUAUGAAAGUGGUUUAUAAGUUUUAUCUUGCAAUGCUUGCACUGUUCCAUUCUUCUUCAGCAUCAGCAGAUUCACUGGAGAAACCAAAAAAUCAGAAGGUGCAUGGUUAAUGUUUAUUUCACUUGUAUAUAUUUUGCUUUGUUAUUAUUAUUGUUGUUGUUUAAUAAUUAAUUAAUUUUUCUAUCGCAAGCAAAAGAGACAAAGAUUGUACUGAAAAACAAAUUUGAGAAAAGUUGCAGCAUAAUCACUUGCAGCGGCUUAGUAAUUUUUCAUGCUGGGUUUUGAUUAAGGGUGCAUGUAUGCAAAGGAAACUUUUUGUAUAAAAAAGAAGGAAGAAACUCUGAAGCACGUUUUCAUACUCUGUUAAUAUUAAUAAGAUAAUUUUUUUAGUGUUAGUUUUAAGAAUCAGUUACAGAAAUACAUAGCUCAACCUAUUUUGAAAAUAAUGCUGCAUAUUUCAUUUUUAUCUUAUAAGGACGGAGUUGCAGCUUGUUCCUCAGUCUGUAGUGAGUAUUCAGAGAAUUAACAUUCAGACACUUUAAAGAAACUGCACACUGUGCUAAUUGUGUAAAAAUUGGAUGUAAAAAUUUUACAGACAAAAUUACUCCGAGGAGAUUGUGUUAACUUGGCCAUGUUGACAUCUUUAAUUUGGCAGGGUUAUUUUUGUGAGUUGCCGAAAAUGUGGGCUAAGAAACUGUUCCAACAUUCUUCUUAACAUUAAGGCACUAACAUGAUGGAGGUCAGGGCUGUUAUUACCCUGCAAGCAGAAGCUUCACUUUUGUGCACUAGGUUAUACACUGCAAAAAUGUAGCCUCUGCUUGUAGUGUAGGCUGUCAUUGACUCCUGGCUACUUUCAUUUAGAAAACAGAGAAAAAUAGAACCAAACGAAAUCGAUAAAGUUCAGUUUAUUGAUAUUUCCCCACCUACUUGUUUUAUUUACCCAGAGACUUGACAAUCUUAGUGACUGCCCUGGGAUGAUUGAAAGGGGGUAAAAUAUUAAAAGCCAAAAAAAUCCCUUUGACUUCGAACAAAAAAAUCCCUGGACCGAAAUAUCAAGGUACCCCCCCAAAUUUGCCAAAUUCUCCUAACCCCAAAACCAUACCGGAUUGAAAAAUUUCAAACCCAAAAAAAUUAAAAUAGGAGUAAAGUAUAAUCAAUAUCCAGAUUUUUAAAGUUUGAGGUUUCAUUUGGACUGAUGCCCAUUUAUAUCAUUGUGAAAUGACGAUUUUUCUGUUUUUCUGUGAACUGUUUAAUAGAUAUUCCACCAAAGAAGACCAGCCAGGCUCCCCCUGUUAAAAGGAAACUAGAGUACAGUCUUAUCAAUCCAGGCAGCAAAGAGUAAGAUUUUACCUUCUUUUUGAGUUCUCCCAGGGGCUCACUCCCGUUGACCCCUGGGGGAUUUGCUCAAAUUUAUGAAGUACCUGGGCAAAAAAACUAUGACAAAUCAUUACCCUCUAAGGCAACAGUAGGGCACCUGUGUGGCAAACCUCGUCACCUUUGUAAGCAGGCAUUUGUAAGUUAUAUGAGUCCAAGAAAACCUUUACUUUAAUGUACCUGUGUAGUACACCUCCAAAUAGUGCGUGAAAAACUGGUCGAAUAGCGAUAAAUAAUCGAUUAAUAAGGGUAUUACGCUACGAAUAAAUAUGCCAGAUGCCGUCUAAAGUUUGACGCGGAAAGAGGAAAACAAUUAAGAAUAUAUUUUAAAACAAUAUACGUUUAUAACAAUUUUCAAUUCAAUAUAACCACACACAAAGUUAAAGACAAGGGUACUAAAAGAAUACAAAAAAACUUUACAGUUCUCUGCAGUUUCUGUUUUGUGCAGUUUGACUUAAAUACCGUAGGACUGAAUAAUCUUCAGUUGUUUUGGCAAAAGCACGCAAACCGAUAUACGUAUAUGAAAUGAGUGUAUCCUUGAAAGACCAAUCUACACAGAAUUAAAGUUGUCGGAAUCGUGUUGUCAUUUUUCAUUUUUCAUUUUUUUGGGCGGCAAUUAUUUAUUUCCAAUGCUUGCGUACUGGAAGGUGUAUUAAGGUGAUUCCAUAGUAAAAGAACCUAACAUAGAUUUUAGCUAAAACUUGGUACACUGAUGUAACAAGUCAAGAAGAUGAUAAAAAAGUAAUAAAAAGUGGGGGUCACCGUGCUCGUUUUGACGUCACAAUGCUGACAAAUACGGCUAUUUAGGACCCUUUCACAAAAACCGCGGGCAACGCAAAACUAGACAAAAAGGAGAGAUUUUUUCGAUGAUGCAUGUGACAUCACACAGAAUUUGACUUAUAUGUAUUGUUUAUCCACUUACGUACCAGAAAAAUGCCUUUUAAUGCCCUUGUUUUGACUUUACGGUCCAAAAUAGAAUUAAAUUGGACGCGCGCUUUUCGACCCGUGAUGGCUCAAUCCGUACAAUUUAGUAACAUUGCCAAAAAAAUGAACAUAGAUUUGUGCCAAUUUUUUUCGCAUCGAAAGGAAGCACUGUCCUUAUUAAAAUCAUGAAAUAAAAAAUGGGGGUCACCGUACUCGUUUUUGCGGUAGAGCUGCACAAAGUGCGCACCAAACGCAUUUUCUCCGAUUUUUGAGAGAGGACUGGGGCGAGUUUCAAAAUAGAAUGUAUGUGAAAGGGGGAAGAAAGUAUUAAAAAAUCCGUUUUUUCAGAAUUUACAUCGAGAUAUCACAUUUAGGGCACAAUGUGAUAAAGAAAGUGUUUAAAUGAAAAUCAAAGUGAGUAAGCACAAGUUAAACAUCCACUAUCGAGGUUCUCCGAGAGGAGGUCCAACUCAGCAACACGCGUACUGCUUACGUUAUGCAGAUUCCCAACACAUUGAGUCUCACCUCGGCAAGAAACAACAGCAAGCAAAAAUUCCAAUAGCGUUUCUCUUCAGUCAACUUCAUUUUAAUAAUAUUACUUCACAUGCUCUUUUUUACGGCAGCCACCUUGUUAUGCGCAGUAAGAGAUGCGCAGUGCAAAACUAGGGAAUCACCUUAAACACGGGAUCAGACGUAUCGAUCUGUUGCGUCUCCUUGCCUCGCGCUUCGUUCAGGAGAAAGAUGUCAUCACUCCACCUCAUUUUCUCUCCGUGUGCAUCUAGGCUUGAUGACAAAGACGCAGCCUCUGAAGGAUCAAGAAAAAGAAACAAACUACCAGAAAUGUAAGGAACAAAUUUUAUAGCCUGCGUAUAUGUAGCUUGCGGUUUUUAUCAGUUUUUUUUUUCAAUCUCCAGCUCAUUUUCUCUCCUUGUGCGUCUAGGCUUGAUGACAAAGACGCAGCCUCUGAAGGAUCAAGAAAAAGAGACAAACGACCAGAAAUGUAAGGAACAAAUUUUAUAGCCUGCGUAUAUGUAGCUAGCGGUUUUUAUCAGUGUUUUUUCAGUCUUCAGCUCAUUUUCUCCUCUUGUGCAUCUAGGCUUGAUGACAAAGACAUAGCCUCUGAAGGGUCAAGAAAAAGUGACAAACGACCAGAAAUGUAAGGAACAAAUUUUAUAGCCUGCGCGUAUGUUAAUGUAGCUAGUGGUUUUAUCCGUUUUUUCUGUCAAUCUCAGCUCAUUUUCUCUCCUUGUGCAUCUAGGCUUGAUGACAAAGACGCAGGCUCUGAAGGAUCAAGAAAAAGAGACAAACGACCAGAAAUGUAAGGAACAAAUUUUAUAGCCUGCGUAUAUGUAGCUUGCGGUUUUUAUCAGUUUUUUUUUUUCAGUCUCCGGCUCAUUUUCUCUCCGUGUGUAUCUAGGCUUGAUGACAAAGACGCAGGCUCUGAA